GGAGCCAUCGUCAGGGACGCGACUGGGCCGCUUGGUUUCCAGGAAGUGACGUCAGGCGGCCGCGGAGAUGGAGGACGUCCUGGACUUAGGCGAGGAGCGACGCCGCGGCUCGGCCACCUCCGGGCCCAAGAUGGGUCGCCGAGCUCAGCAGGAGUCAGCUCAAGUGGACAAUCAUCUCAGUAACAAGAACUCCUCUUCGAUUCUGACUGGAGAGGCUCCCCCUCCCAAGCCGCCGCGCAGGCAAGGAGGCUGGGCAGAUGAUUCCACGAAGGCUUCAAAGUCAGGAAGGAGGGCUUCUGAAGAAAUAGAAGAUCACCGCCUCAGACAGCAGAGCUUGGAUGGAUCAGAUGACGGAGGAGAUAUUCCUGUUAUUCCGGAUCUGGAAGAAGUACAGGAAGAAGACUUUGCUUUGCAGGUGGCAGCCCCCCCCAGCAUCCAGGUCAACCGGGUGAUGACCUACCGUGACCUGGACAAUGACCUCAUGAAGUACUCAGCCUUUCAGACCUUGGAUGGAGAGAUUGACCUGAAGCUCCUCACCAAAGUCCUGGCGCCAGAGCACGAAGUCCGAGAGGAUGACGUCAGCUGGGACUGGGACCGUCUGUACACCGAGGUGUCCUCAGAGCUCCUCACCGAAUGGGACCUGCUGCAGGCGGAGAAGGAGGACCCCGUGGGACAGCCCACGCACACCUGAGCCCUCGGCGGUCAGCAGACUGCUGUCCCCGCACAGAGUAAUUUCUGCUUCGGACUUGAAAAAACGCGAUAAGCCUACAGCUGAAGAAGCUUGCCGGUAGCUUAGCAUUUUUGUAUGGAAUAUUUUGUAAUAAAAAUGCUUAUUUUCGGUAGACCAUGUUGGAUCAUUCAAGUGUAAUAAAUUGCUUUACGCUGUG